GGCGCCAGGAAAGCCCUUGAUGUUACUAGAUUCUUCUCGAACCUUCGGAAACGCUUUAAAAAACGGCCAGCGUUAGGUUCAGGAGCUACAGACUAGGACCAGCAACCUGACCGAGUAACGCGGUUAAACCUGAACACAAGUGCCGAGGAACAAGAAGAUGGUGAAGAUGGGAAAGGACUACUACAGCAUUUUGGGGAUCCAGAAAGGCGCGUCUGAAGACGAGAUCAAGAAAGCGUACCGCAAACAAGCUCUGAAAUACCAUCCGGAUAAAAACAAGUCACCUGGAGCCGAGGAGAAAUUCAAGGAGAUCGCAGAAGCCUACGACGUCCUGAGCGACCCGAAAAAGAAGGACAUCUAUGACCGUUUCGGUGAAGAAGGGCUGAAGGGCGGAGCUGGUGGAUGUGGUGGACCAAAUGGCCCUGGCUUCACGUACACCUUCCAGGGUGACCCGCACGCCAUGUUCACAGAGUUCUUUGGUGGCCGGAACCCUUUCGAGCACUUCUUCGGCCGCAUGGGUGGCGAAGAUGAUAUGGAUGUGGACGAUCCGUUUGCAAGCUUUGGCCUGGGUGGUGGACGCCACUUUGGUGGGGGGCGGUUAGAGAAAAAGCAGGACCCGCCAGUCACCCAUGAGCUCCGUGUCACCCUGGAGGAGGUGUUCAGUGGUUGCACAAAGAAAAUGAAAAUCUCGCGCCGCAGACUAAACCCAGACGGCCGUACCACACGCUCGGAGGACAAGAUCCUUACAGUGGAAGUGAAGAAGGGCUGGAAGGAGGGAACCAAGAUUACUUUUCCUAAAGAGGGUGACCAGACGCCAACCAACAUCCCGGCGGACAUCGUAUUCAUUGUGAAGGACAAACCGCAUCCAGUGUUUAAGAGGGAUGGAUCAGACAUAAUUUAUCCAGCCAAGGUCUCACUCAAAGAGGCUCUCUGUGGUUGUACAGUGAAGGUCCCUACAAUGGAUAAUCGUACCGUCAACCUUCCCCUCCAGGACACCCUUAUCCGUCCUGGAAUGAAGCGGCGCAUCACCGGCGAAGGCCUUCCAUUACCAAAGAGCCCCGACCGCCGGGGCGACUUAGUCGUCGAGUUCGAGGUGAGAUUUCCAGAGAGACUCACUCAGGACGCCAAGAACACCAUCGCACGGGUUCUACCCUCGUAACGCCGGAGGCAAAACUGUGAAAGGGUGUGUUUGAGACCAAGGAUCCCAAGGACAUUAUUGCACGGGUCUUGCACUCAUUUGCACAGGACAAUGUUGCGUCCACAAACCGAACGUUGUGGCACAUUAAACCUUGAACUGAUUAACGCUGAACUGAAAGACAGUUUAACGAGUCUCUCUGGAUGAUCAGCCUUUGCUGCGAGUUUUUCUAUUUAGGUUGUUUUUCAUCAGAAAGGUUGGGUUUGGGGAAUAAAACUCCUUAAAGUGCUGGGGAAAUUCCACAAAGUGGAAAGAAAAACAAAAGCCUGGGUAUUGUGGGGUUUUUUUUGUUUGUUUUUCCCAGCUUGGGAUUUUAAUUCUAACAUGUGCUCCGUUACUAUUGCGACACAUAUUUUAAGGAGAAGCCCUCUCAGGCUAACGUUUAAGGUCCAUGGAUGAUGACUCCUCUUUGAAUUAUUGGCUGUUUCCAAUAGAUGUUUGAUUAUAUUUUUCUUCCAGGAAGCUCCUAUGCUUUUGUUAUUACUGCACAGGGUAUUCCCUCUUUUUUUUUUUCCUUCAUGACUUGUAUAGUUUAAUAAACAAGGUGAAAAAGUUUGCUCUUUUUUUGCUGUUUCUGAUUUCUGCGGUUGCUCAAGUCACUUCUCUGGUUAAUCAAAUCAAGGCUGGCUUUCAUGAGCUUGCUUGAGGGAAUAUAAGUAACCUCCUGGUUUUAAGACCUGAAAAGGACUAUUAGCUGUAUGGUUUACAUGAACUCCUCUUUCUUCCUUUUUCGCAUGUUUUGUGUGCAAUUUGGUAGAUUUGGAUUGUAAAUAUAUUUUUGUAUAUCACGCAAUAGGUUGUAUUUUUUUGUCUGUUUAGAUACAAUAUUAAAAUCGGUGAUCUGUA